UGGCAGCUGCAUCAUUCCACCCUGCUGAGUUAUUGGGAUGUGUUUGCCGCUUUUCCUGUUCUGUAUCGAAGCACUCCCUGCAGCUGUCCACGCACCUCUGUGUGUGUGUGUUAGUGGGUGUUAUAGGGGGCGUGGGAAGUCCAGAGAGGAUGUUCUCGUCUUCGUCCAGAAACUCUCUGUUCUCGCCCUGGUCGUCCAUGGAGCAGUCGGACUCUGAGCUGUUGGACAUCAGCACCAAAGUGCAGCUGCACGGGGUGCUGUGGAAGAGACCCUUCGGACGGCCGUCGGCAAAGUGGUCCCGCAGAUUCUUCAUCAUCAAAGACAGCUUCUUGCUCUACUAUGCAGAGAGCGAGAAGAGAAACUUUGAGAGCAACAGGUACUUCAACAUCCACCCCAAGGGCGUCAUUCCUCUGGGAGGAUGUGUGGUGUCGGCCAAUGAAAACAUGGGCAUGCCCUUCGCCAUCGUGGUCAACCUGGAAGAUUUUUCUGGCACCAUAGUGCUGGCUGCUGAGUCAGAGGAGGAGCAGGUUCAGUGGAUGGAGAUGCUGCAGGAGUCGGGGAAAGUCACGUGGAAGAACGCUCACCUGGGGGAGGCCAUGAUCGAGAGUCUGGAGGCUCAGGGGCUGCAGCUGGCCAAAGAGAAGCAGGAGUAUCUGGAUAAGCUGAUGGAAGAGACCGAGGAGCUGAGUCAUCAGAGAGCUCAGAGAGAGGAGCUGGAGCGUCUGAACCAGGUCCUGGAGGAGGAGAAGAUGAAGUUUGAGGAGGUGGUGCUGGAGCUGAAGGCAGAGCAGGAGCAUAUCAAACUAGACCUGGACGGUACGGCUCAGUCGCUGAAAGGCGUUGAGAGUGAGAAAGAGGAGCUGAGCAACUUAACCGUCAUGCUGCAGAAAUCCAUUGAGGAGCUCUCUCAGGAGAAACAGCGGACUCUGGAGCUGCUGGGAGUGAAGGAGCAGGAUGAGGAGGAGGAGGCGGCGGCAGAGGAGAGCUCAGCCCGGAGUAAGUCCGAGGACAGCGAGGAUCCCGGAGACGUGGACCUGCUGCAGGACCUGCGACACAUCGAGGAGCAGAUGAAGCUCCUGCAGAAGGAGAAGGAGCAAGCUGACGAGAAGCUCAGGGAGAACGAGCAGCGGGCUGCAGUCCUGCAGCAGGAGAGGGAGUACUACUCGUCUCAGGCCCGGACGUUGCAGCAGUCGCUCUCUCAGCUCACUGCGGACAAACAUCAGACCGAGGCCGAGCUCAAGGCAGAGAUAGAGUCUCGGGUGGAGCUGGAGAACAGACUGAAGCAGGCUGAAGAGGCUCUGCAGGACCUGGAGAAAGGCCUGAACACGCUGGAACGGACCAAAGAGAGAGACGAGAAGAUGAAGGGAGAUGUGACUCAGCUGAGGAGGUUCUUCGAGGAGUGCAUCUGUGCAGCGGAGAUCGAGGCGAAGCUUCCGGCGAUCAUGAAGAACGCCGUGUAUCUGCACAAAGCUGCUGCACGCAGGAUCAAGAGCUGCCGGAUCCAGAGGAGAGCCUCCAGACGCCACUGGUUAAAACACUCCAAGUCUUUUGCCAUCACCAGCACUGACGACACCAACAUGGAGGAGCUGCGGGAGACGGCCCGGCGGCUGACCUCCAACAGCGACUUCAGGGAGAGCGUGUACAAGAUCAUCGCCCGCAAGGACGCCGCAAACAAAACGGAGGACUGAGAGGAGACACGGUGUUUAGCUUUAACUCAGUUCACACUGUGAGUGAUGUAGACAUCCUGACUUUCAAACCCAAAGUUAAAUUACAGUAUGUGACCGUACAAAGAAAUCUGCUUGUUGGCAUCUCUGGCUGCCGUCAGAGAAGUUUCACAGGCACUGAACAAACCUAUUAGAAACCUAUUAUAUGUAACUGCACUGACCCUUUUCAACCAGACAGUUUCAGGAACAACAUGGACUCAACUCAGGAACUGAAAAUCCUCUUUUCACAUUCUCCUUUUGUGUUUUCAGCAAAUCUGAAAUAAAAGCCUGACCAAAAGGCAAAUUAGAAAGAUGCUUUUUUCAUUUGUCAGGAACCAGAUGACUCAAGUCUCAUAAAAAUGAAACAUCCAGCUAAAGAAGUGCCUGUAACAGUGGCAAUCAGUAUUUUAAUUCAAAUUAAAAUGUACAUCUAAUUUUAUUAAAUUAACUCUUCUGGUCCGAAUGGAUGUAAAUGUUCUGCAGGAGAAUUUGCCCCACGAGCUCCUGAAACUGUUAAAAUGUUAAAAACUGCUAAAUCACAUCUGAAGAUUUGUUAUUACACACUUCAACCAAAGAGUGAUUAUGAUGUUUCAGGUACAAAAAGGAACUUUUAACCAGUGCUGACAGUCUCAGUUUGAUACUGAUGCCUCUUAUUGAGCUAUAUAAUCAAAUGAGACCAUCAGUGAGAAGGUUGGUUAUUUUUAUCCAGUUAUUACUGUAGUUAUUAACAAUAACCUGGCCUGUCACACUACUACUGUUCCACUACAGUAAAGUCUGAAUCAAACUAUGUAUUUCCAGUCUCUGGACUUCACCGGAUAAGAUGUUGUAAAUGUGACUUGAUAUUAACAGACAUUUAAAGGAAAAGUUCACCCCAAAUUGAAAAUGUAGUCAUUAUUUACUCUCCCUCAUGCCAAAGAAGAGCAGUCAGAAGUUUUCUGGAGCUUAACAGCAAAACAGCGUAGCAUCACUAUCCUAAACAACUGAAGCAGAUGGGGGCAGUUUUUAAAUCUUUUUUAAUUAAAAUAAAUGUAAAAUAGCUCCACUCAGCUCGUCUGGUGUAAACCAGGUCUGGGGCAGGGGCCAGGAUUUGAGUAUACAGUGACUGAACUUUAAUUUUUGGGUGAACUUAUCCUUUAAAGUGUCAUAGAUCAUCUAGAUAAUAAAAGAUUUAACAACAAC